AUGUGUGGAAAAAAUUUGGCAUUUUGGUAUUGCGCGCUGUUUCUCUUCGUCGCUUCGUCAUCGAAAUCUCAGCAAAAUUUCACUAACAAUACAGAAAAAAAUGAUAAUUUGACAGUACGAUACGAGAUAGACGCGGAUUUCACGACAAACUAUAACGACGAUACGAAAACACCACGAAAUGAUUUGUACAAAAAGUCUGAUAAUGAUACACAGUACGAAGAUACGCAGUAUGAAUCUCGCACCACUUCCAUGAGUAACGAUCGUAAGGAUGAUGACUCGAUGCAGAUUAAACUCGAUACGCACUCCAUACAGAAUGAAGAUGAUAAGCAAAUACUUAUGGAACCUCGCACAAAUUCAUCAAAUGCCAACCAUAAAAAGUAUUUCGCGUCACAGGAAAUUUAUGAAAACUUGAUGAGAAUUGAAGCCAAAAACGAUUCCACAUUACACGAGUUCUAUGAAAACUCCAGUAAAGAUAGCAAUAUAAGUAACAUCAUUCCAUACGAGAUGUGUUACAAUAUUACUUGCAUUCAGCUAUGUUGUCCUCUCGGCAAUCGUCUGAUUGAUGAUGAAUGCCUCUCUGAAGAAAAUAAAUACUUCUUCCCGAACGUGUACGGAUACACGAAUGAUUCGUGGCAGAGCGAAAAUAAGACAGUAGACAAAUUGUUUCAGCUGGUCGUCUACGAUCCGUGUCAGGAUGAAGAUCGCUAUCGGUUUCCCGAUAAUAAUGAGAACGAUUACAUGUUUUUUGCCAAUGGUUCUCUCUAUUUAUCUUAUUAUGAAAUAUUUGCUAAAUCGACAUCAUAUUGUCUCGCCGUCGUAGACGGGGAUAAAUACGAAGUGAUUACCUGUUCAAAGAUUUUUGACGAGAUCAUUAAUACGACAACUCAUGAUGACAUCUCGUCGAUUGAAGACGAUGACAUGUAUCAUUUUGACGAUGAUAUCAUAAAUAUAAGCUCUAAUAUAGUGUCUAUAUCACUUUUGGUACCAAUGUUUUUAGUGUAUUCCAUAUUGCCAGAGCUCUGGAACGUACACGGCUUCAUGUUAUGCAAUUAUAGCGGUGCAUUGUCUAUCGCAUACACAAUUGACAUUGUGGAUAUUCUUUCGAAGAUAUCUUUCGAAGCGGAUGCUAUACAUUAUUCAGUCUGUAUUACAUUUGCUUUUUUUAUCUAUUUUUGUUAUUUGGCAAGCUUUUUCUGGCUAAGUAUAAUGAGUUUUGACAUGUGGUGGACAUUUAGAGGAUUCUCUUCGUUACAAGGAAACGUCAGAAAACGAGAAAAAAGAAAGCUGGUGUUUUAUACAAUCUUUGCCUGGGGUUUAUCCUGUAUCUUCGCUAUUAUCACUGUCAUUAUGGAUUUUGUUCCCGGAUAUUUGCCGGAGAUUUUGCGACCAAAAUUUCGCAUAGGUUGUUGGUUCGCUGGAGACGGAGCUUUUGCAUUAUAUUUUUACGGGUUCAAAAGUAUUUGCACUGUUAGUAGCAUUUGCUUAUCCAUCUCUACGUCAUUGAAGAUUGCGCGCUACAAAAAAGAAAUAAGCAAUCGUUUAACAAAUUCGGAAAGCAAGAGAUUUAAUGACAAUAGGAAAUGGUUUAGUCUGUAUCUGAAGCUAUUUAUCCUGCAUUUUAUCAUAAUGGGAAUAAGUUGGUCCAUGAACACAGUGUACUUAUUGUCUGAAACAUCAUAUUAUUACAUGUAUGUUAUUUAUUUGAUGGAUACUAUGCAGAAUCUCUGCAUCUUUAUUAUCUUUGUGUGGAAAAAGAAUAUCAAGCGUAUGUUAUUGAAACGAUUCGGUUGCGGAUUGUUUCCACAAGAUUGAUGCGCAACAAAUUCAACAUCGUCGAGUACUUCGAUGUGCAUCACUACGUCAGGAGAAAUGCCUAUGCAGAAAAAUUGAGUUCUUGUGAAUAAAGAAUAUGUCACGAGAAAGAUUCGUCCCCACCGACAAAUCUUUCUUAUGACAAUUUCUUGUUCGCAAGAAUUCUUCAGUCCCAUCGACUGAACUCUAAUGUUGCAAUGUACAAAAAAAAAAAUUUAUCGCAGAACCGGAAUCAACAGUUCAUUAGCAAUUAAUUAUAAUAUCAUAAUGUUUGAUUUGAGAAUUAACUAUGCAGUGUUAGAUAUUGAUUUUUUUAAUCUUCAUUCAAUCUUCAGGCUUAGCUCAAAAUUUCACAUAGAAAAAUUUAUCUUUUUAUAUCUUUCUUAUUAUUUUUUA